GGUAAUACCUCUUCUGCCAUCACCCUCCCGCCGACUGGACGUGCUCCCGUCGUUCAUCAUGGCUGCUGUCAGCGGAAAGCGCAAACGUGUCGAGGUGGUCAGCCAGCAGAAACCCGUCAAAAAGGCUGCGCUGUCACAGCCGAAAAAUAGUUCGGCUACCACCAAAUUUGACCCUCAAAAGAGCAGCAGCAGCAAAAAAGCCUCUUCCGCCGCGACGAAUACUACCACCAGCGACGGAGCAGCGACCUCGCAACACCCCGUCUAUAUACAGAUCGUGACGGGAUCCUACGAGCGUGUAUUACACGGCUUCCAGGCAAGAAUACCGCAAUCAGCUCUGAAGUCCGCAUCCCAAGACGAAAAAGUCUCCAUUUCAGACACCUUCCUCUUUGCUGCCCAUGCCUCAGCUAUUCGAUGUCUGGCCAUCUCUCCCUCGGAAGAUGCCGACAAGCGCCUCCUGGCCACCGGUUCCUCAGAUGAACGCAUCAAUGUCUACACCUUAUCCACUGCACCACCGCCUCCAGGUGCAAGACCCAACCUACCCUCCCUCUCCGGAGUCGCUGCAGCGGAAAACCCCAGGAAUAAGUCAUUGGGCAGUCUGGUGCACCAUGAUCGCGCCAUCACCAAACUUCAAUUCCCCAUCAAGUCGAAACUCUUCAGCUCCGCAGAAGAUUCCACCAUAGCAAUCUCCCGAACUCGAGACUGGACCAUGUUGGGUUCCAUGAAAGCUCCUGUACCGAAACCGCAAGGCCGACCUUCGGGAGAUACAGCCGCGCCAGGAGAGAUUCCUGCUGGAGUCAACGACUUUGCCAUCCAUCCGAGCCAGAAGCUUAUGUUGAGUGUGGGCCGAGGCGAAAAGUCCUUGAGGCUCUGGAACUUGACGACAGGGAAGAAGGCUGGCGUGCUGAAUUUUGAAGUCGACCUGCUGAAGCAAGUGGGUGAAAGCAAAUUCUCCAGCGGUGAGGGCAGGAGAGUCAUCUGGGAUGCUGCUGGCGAGAAUUAUGUCGUGGGAUUUGAACGUGGUGCAGCACUCUUCGGCAUCAACUCGAAGCCGAAGGCGGUGAUUAAGCCGGAUCGUCCGACAAAGAUUCAUCAGAUGCGCUUCAUGUCUCUAUCAGAGAAGACGAGUCUGCUGGCGUUAUCUACCGAAGAUGGCAGGAUACUCUUUUACGAUAUCCAAUCUGGUGGCGAGAUAUCGGAAGGCACCAAACAGCUUCCCCAACUGGUCUGUGUUGCGCAACUAGGCGGCGAAGCAGCUGGAGUCUCGGGACGUAUCAAGGACUUUGAGAUACUGGACUUACCAGGAUCCUCCCUCUUCGUCACAGCUGGCAGCGAUGGAGCAAUUCGUCUAUGGUCAGUGCAGUCCUCCGACUUGGGAAACGGCGCGGAAUCGGAAAGUACGACAAGACAAGUCGGAGCCCUGAUUGCCAGCCACGAGACUGGUGACCGAGUGACCUGUCUGGGGGCCUUCUUACUCGACGGGAAAGCCCAAGAUGGCAUGGAAGAUGCGGCUGAAGACGUGGCGGAGGCUGAAUCGAAUGGCGGGGCGGAAAGAGGUUCGGAAGAUGGUGAUAGCGAUAGUGACUGAGGCCACCACCACCACCACAAGUCACGCGAACCUAUGGGGAAGCAGUGUAAGACUAGAACGUGCAUUUAAAAUGAUUUGGAGAGAG